AUGUCAGACCAUGACUCCGCCUCUGAAUCUGAUUCCAGCAAGCAGCCCCCAUUAAAUCAGGAGGAGGUUGCAAUCCUAAAGUCUUACAUUGAGCAAUGGGAUGCAGCUGAGCCAUUGGAACGCAAGAUGGUCUCUAAAGCAGCUGCAACCAAGGCUCGGACAAAGGCACCAGUGAUGUCCAUAAGACUACUAAAGGAUCAAAAAGUAACCGAAAGAAGCGUCAUGGAUACACUCUGGAAGAAGGAACUGUUGGAAAAAAUUCAGGACGAGACUGGAGCUAAGCCUGGUAUGAAAGAAAUGAUCAACCACUAUACCAAGCAGCUCAACCAGCUUAUUGCAUCCUUGUCCUUGGAUGAGCUACAAGAAGCGAAAGAGACAGCUGAAUUAUGGAACCAUCAAGGCAUUCCAGAUGAUGUCAAGGCCGACAUUGCCCGGAAGAAAGGCAAUGAUAUGAUCCAUCAUUUUGCAACCGAGAUGUGGAACCAUGCGGGAAUGAGGGUCUUUGUCGUAUCUGCUUGGAAAAAUGAGGAGGGCAAGAUUCAUAUCGCUGGUCACGACUAUAACAAUGAAUAUGGCAGUGCAGACUCCUUCAUGAAGACCCAUAAAUGGGAUACCAUUUUACCGGAAUGGGAUUCUUAUGCCGAGAGUGCAUUUGACGGUAACUUGGAUGGGGAUGGAGUUGUUACUCGGAAGAAAGGUCGUCAGGAUAAGACCUAUGUUCUUGAGGUCGGCGAUGACGGAUAUCCUGUGCUCCCUCCAUGCGAUGCCAUGGAUCUAGAAACCAAGAAAGCAGUCAUCCGGGCAUUUUUGACUUGGCAUUAUAGGAAAUGUUGUGGAGAUCCAAAAAUUUCCGUCCCAUGGAAAUAUGUUAUACCUCGAUAUGCGGAGAUUAUUCCCGCGGAAUGUCUUCCAGACGGGCACAAUCUUGCAGAGCCAUCGAAGUUAAAGCAAGUUCACGCGACACAGCUACUACAAUUCUGGUACAACCAGCAGGAGCAAGGUGAUGAGCCAGUGUUAGAAUUCAUUGGUUCGUGGGACAACAAUAAGGAAGAUAUGGUGCUAGCAGCCGACAUGGAUGCACGGGUAACGACACCGACACAAACUACCAGAAAGUCAAAGCAGAAAUCUGUGUCAUGGAACCAGCGGUCGCCUGGACUGCAGCUGUCUACAGGAGCACGAUUGAGGUCCCAUCAAAGCACCAAGAAAGCGCGGACAGGUUCUGUACAGUGCAAUUCCAAAACAAAGACAAGACCGGGAGCUCACUUGCCAGGUGGUACCCGGAAUGGUAUGGAAAAUGACCCGUCUGACUACGAAUCUGACGACCAACUGACCAAUGAGUCUGUUGCCGGAUUUCAUGACACAGAGGAGGAGAUCCCGAGGCGACACAAAGCCAGUAAAGGAAAGAGCAAGCGCCAGGACUCCAUCAGCAGUGACAAGAACUCAAGCAGUGAUGCUGAGCAACCGGAAGAGUUUGUGAGUUCUAGGAAAACAUGCAAGAAGGUUAUUGCUGGAUCUCCUGUUGAGGCUGGUGCAGUCGAUGUCCGGUCGAAGAAGAUCACAAGGGCAGUAGAAUGCCCACAACAUGUUGUGCGCAAACAUGGGGGGAAAGGAACCGAGCAUGAGCCUUCUGCGAUCAGUGCAAAACUCACGGCCAAUGCACCAAAGGGACGGGUGGAACAGCCUGCAAAGACAGUUAAUACGGCUGAUAUCAUCAGAGGGCACACCCGAGUACAAAAAAGGACUGCCAAAGAAUUCUUGGAAGGGUCUCCCGCAAAAAGGACAAGACAUCAAGUGGUAAUUCAACAAGACAAAGGGACAGUGACACAGGCCGGUAACAAGUGUGGCAGGAAACAAGUUGUUGAAGAGGCUACCAAUGGGUCACCCUUGAAACGGACCAGGAGCAAGACUUUACCACCCGGUGCGGGUAAAUGUUCACGAAAGCCAAACUCUUGGUACAACGAUUAUGUGAAACCUUGA